AACACAGUAUUCCAUUUGGCCACUACACUACUCCAUUUCUAUCUAUGAACUUGUCUUACAUGUUCAUUCUAUAAGGAUUUACUGGAUUUUACCUACAACAGAUUGUGACAGACCAUACUCCUACCAUGCCAAGGGGCUGCAAUCUUGGGUGCUGUAACUUCAUUUCAGUAUGGAUUCAUCAGUUGAUUCUUAGCAAUGUUUCAGAGCUGAAAAUCCUAGUUAGCAUUUCGGGACCUCUGGUUUUAACAUAUAUUUUAGAUGUGGCACCUAUACUAAUAACAACUGUGUUCUGUGGACGCCUGGGAAAGUCAGAGCUAGAUGCAUUUGCGCUUGGAAAUUCUAUUGUAAUAUUGGCUGGUCAGUCUAUAGGACUGGGUAUAUGCUCUGCUUGUGACACUUUCUUCUCCCAGAUUUAUGGAGGGAAAAAUCUCAAAUUGAUCGGUGUGGUCUUACAACGAGGGAUCCUUAUCCUGUCUCUUUCCUGCUUUCCCUGCUGGGCACUAUUUGUCAACACGAAAAGCAUCCUUUUGCUUCUUGGCCAAGAUCCAACAGUGGCAGGAUUGGCUGAAAUAUAUGUCUUGAUAUGUAUCCCAGCUCUUGCAGGAAUUAAUUUGUUUAAUCUUGAAAUUCGGUACUUGCAGAACCAGGAAAUUAUUUGGCCACAAGUCGUUGCAAGUUUGUUGUCGUGUAUAAUUAAUGGGGUAUUGAAUUACGUCUUGCUGUUUGUACUGAAAAUUGGAGUCAUUGGUGCCGCAAUUUCUGUGACAGUUUCUAUCAUAUUUAAAGUUAUCCUUCUGUUUUUCUAUAUAUGGAUAAGAAAGAUUCAUGUGGAUACUUGGCCAGGCUGGACAAAAGAAUGCCUGAAAGACUGGGGCAGUUACUUUGCUCUUGCACUCCCAACCAUGAUUAUGUUAAGUCUGAAGUGGUGGACCUUUGAAAUUGCAAUCAUUUUAUCAGGCCUGAUUAACUUAAUAGAGCUUGGAGGACAAUCAAUUAUGCACCAACUGAUGAACCUUCUCAACAAGAUUUCACUGGCGCUAAGUCUUGCUUCCUGUAUUCGAGUGGGCACAUUUUUGGGAGCAGGAGAAACCGAGGAAGCCAAAAAAUCUGCUAGGAUAAGCUUUGUCAUAGCAGCCUUUCCAGUUUUUUUAGGUGUUGGCAUACUUAUUGGUUUACGACGUGAAAUUGCCAGUGUUUUCACCAGUGACAGCUCUCUAAUAUCCCUGGUCUCUGACAUAAUGCCAUUGUGCGCUGUUUUCCAAAUUGUGGGCUCUGCGUGUAAUCUUUUCUAUGGAAUUCUAAGAGGCAUUGGAAUGCAGAAGGUUGGAGCUUUUGUGACACUCUGUGGCUAUAUUCUAAUAGUAUUCCCAAUGGCUGUUCCACUCAUGUUUCCUGCAAAGCUUGGAGUGAAAGGAUUUUGGACUGGAAUAAAUAUCGGACUUGCUGUCAUGGACAUUGUUUUUGUUAUUUAUUUAUGGAAAGCAAACUGGAAGCUCAUUACAGAAGAGGCUCUGGAGCGGGCAGGAUUGAAACAGAUGAACGAGAAAAGUGCUACUACUUUAGAGGCAAAUGGUAUUGCUUCCUCUGAGCACUUUGAACUGAAUAAUUACGAUACCGUGGACUCCACCUUCAGUGCGAAACAGGAUCUCGAGGAACUUUGUAAACAGGAAGAAAACCAGUCAAUGAAAAAGCUGAUCGUACGACGGGUGUUUGAAGCGCUCGCUAUUGUCUCUGUUUUGGGAAUUGGACUUAUUAUUCGAUUCACUAUAAAAGAUCACUAGUUUCUGGAAAAAAUACAAUUUUUUUAGCUAAUUCAAGAAAUAUUAGGUCAUUUUACACAAAUUGACCAAUUGACAGAAAUGAAUAGAUGCACUGCCUGUUAUGCAUUAUUUUAUAGGGUAUUUUAAUAGAGAUGGAAAUGCAACCUACUAGAAUUCGAAUCGAGUUUUUCUCCGUAAAAAACUCGAAUGUCAGGAAGGUGGAUGAUAACUCCAAAUUGAUCCCAGGACGUCUUCCAUAGGGUAAAACAGCAACUUGGCAGGUUUAAGAUGGCGAAUAGUCAAAUUUGAGUUCUUAAAGGGCCAGUGUAUGAUAAUUCUCGAAAAUCUAAAUUGAAAUUUAAACAAUUUCCUAGUCAAAUUUCACCGUUUUGGCCAUAAAAAAACUUGAAAAUUCGAACUAGAGCUACAUUGUGAGUCAAGAAAAAUAUAUUUGUUGUUGAGUCUUUCAAAUUUGUGUUUGGAAAACCUAAACUGCAGCCAGGUCCGAGCUGGAAUUCCCAAAGUCUAUACAGACGAAAAUAAAUUUAACUUUUAUUACCCUUUUAAUAAUCCUUAAUUUAAACAAAUGAUAACAUAUGUGUGCAGUAAAAUAAAGGUAAAUAUUUGAUUUAAAAAAAUCAGAAUAAGGUAAAGUUCUUAUGAAAUCAAUAAAGUGUUCUACUGCUUAAAUGUA